UCGUCACGACGACCGGAAACACAUCGACGAUGUUUGUUGUUCUUCUGUUUCUCAUCGGACGCUUCACGUGACCCAGUGACGUAGAUGUCGUAAAACUUAGACACAUAUAAAACACGGAAGUGACUUUUAACUUCCCACAGACCCGGAACCCACCACUGCGCUCGCGGUGACGUCAUCGGGAACCAGGAAGUGAGCGGGUUGUCGUGAGUUGUCUCUGUGACGUCACCCGGAACCAGGAAGUGAGCGGGUUGUUGUGUGUUGUCUCUGUGACGUCAGCCGGAACCAGGAAGUGAGAGGGUCGGUUGUGUCGCUGCUGAGGCUCCGUGUCUCCGUGUCUCCGGUUCUACGGCUCUGAUGGCGGGAUCCACGGGCCCGGGACGGCCCGGCGCGGGGCUCCGGUCCCCGGCGCUGCUGCUGCUGCUGCUGGCGGGGGUGAGCGGGCCGGUCCGCGCCGUGUCCGAACCCGGAAAAUGGACUCUGAACGUGGACAGCGAAACUUUGAAGGAGCAGAACUUCUUCUUCUUCACUAAAACUCUGUUCAACAGCAGCUUCGUUCGGCUCAAAUGGUUGGCGGAGACCUGUAACGCCUCGUCUCCAGUAAACCUGAACGUCUCCUGGUAUCUGAGAAACUCUCACUGCCACGACGAGGUCUUCAGCCUGAACACGACACGAGCAGCGACUUACUUCAGGUCCACGGAGGUCAUGACCGGAGGAGGAGGCGGCUUCUACGUUUUCCACCAGUAUCCUGUCAUCUCCUGUGAACCACACAUCAAACCUGACACGUUCACGCUGGAGACCUUUGAUGUGAAAACCCAUCUGACGGAAUUGCCGCAGCAACAGGUGAGAGACGAACACUCUGAGCCGACCAAUCACAGGCCGGGUCGUCCUCAUCAGAAAUCUGUUGCACAGGAUUCUGCUCACACUCACUUUGGUGCGGUGGCCGAGAGCUGGGAGGACGGACCCUACAUGUUCAUCCUGAACAUCCGAGAAAUCAAAGACAAGAACCAGGACGCUGCCAACGUCCCCACGCCCUGGAGCAUGCAGCUACAGAUCAGCAUGAAGGGUCCUCACGACUAUAUAUCUGCCUCUGAGUGGCCUCUGAUGGUGUUCUACAUGGUGAUGUGUAUUGUGUACGUGCUGCUCGCUGCAUUCUGGUUGGUUCUGUCCGCUUGUUACUGGAGGGAUCUGCUCAGGAUCCAGUUCUGGAUCGGAGGCGUCAUCUUCCUGGGAAUGUUGGAGAAAGCUGUUUAUUACGCAGAGUUCCAGAGCAUCAGAUACGACGGCCUGUCAGUCCACGGGGCCGUGGUGUUUGCCGAGGUUCUCUCUGCCGUGAAGAGGACGCUGGCUCGGGUGCUGGUGAUCAUCGCCAGUCUGGGAUACGGCAUCGUCAAGCCCAGACUCGGCGCCCUGCUUCACAGAGUAGUCGCUGUGGGUCUGCUCUACCUGAUGUUCUCCAGCGGAGGAGUCCUCCGAGUCAACGCUGAUCGAGGAGACAACACCAGCAGUAGAGUUUUGUGUGACAUCGUGCUCGCCUUCACUGACUCCUGUAUUGUCUGGUGGAUCUUCGUGAGUCUGGCUCAGACCAUGAAGCUGCUGAAGCUGCGGAGGAACGUGGUGAAGCUCUCGCUCUACCGACACUUCACCAACACGCUCAUCUUCGCCGUCAUAGCUUCGGUCAUUUUCCUCAUCUGGACGACAAAGACCUUCAGGAUGCCCAAGUGUUUGUCCGACUGGAGGGAGCUGUGGAUAGAUGACGCGUUCUGGCGCUUCUUGUUUUCCAUCAUCCUAUUGGUCAUAAUGUUCCUAUGGCGACGGUCAGUCAAUAACCAGAGAUACGCCUUCAGUCCUCUGGUGGAUGAAGAGAGUGAGGAAGAGGAGAUGGAGCCGAUGAUGAACGAAGCUUUCGAGGGGAUGAAGAUGAGGGGCACGAAGAACGAGACCAACGGUUCAGCCAAAGCAAACAAAGUGGAUGAGGAUCUGAAGUGGGUGGAGGAGAACAUCCCGUCAUCGAUGGCAGACGUAGCCCUGCCCCCCCUGCUGGACUCUGAUGAGGAAAUCAUGACGACCAAGUUCGAGAUGUCCAAGAUGGAGUGAAGAGGAAGAGGAAGUAGAGAUGAAGAGUCUGUUCGACAGACGGAGAAAUAAAACCGAUGACUAUCGCUGUUGGAGGUGGAGUGAAGGAGGACGACCUGGUGGACGAGAGAGGGAACGCGGAGAAGGACGAGUUGUUACGCAGACGGCGGCGGGUCGUGGUUCGAUGCCCGGAUGUAUGAGCUUUGUAAGCCCUGGUUGUACGAACACUGGGAGUCGAAUCGAUCACAGCGUCACGGACACUUUUUAUUCUUUCUUUUUAUCGCCUGUUUGUAAUUAUCUCUCUAUGUAUAUAUAUAUAUAUAUAUAUAACAUCAAAUGUGUCAGAGAUAUAUAUAUAUAUAUAUAAACAGAUUUCCUGUUACAGUUUUUUUUGCCUUCUCACAGUUUACUCGCCGAGAUGUGUUUUUCAAAUCUUGCGUCAUUCGACAUUUCCUGUUUACUGACAGUGGUUUUGCUUUUGAAGUUAAAAACUGUUGAGUUUCAUUCGUUCAACGUGUAAAAGCUGAAAAUGUGAAUGAACUUAUGAAAACAGAUUUUUUUUUUGCCAUCGGUUUUGGAUCCGUGUUGUUUUCCGCUGCAGCUUCAGCCAUUAAAUAAAAUGUUUCACAUUCAGACGAUUUCUCUUCAUAAACUGAUAUUUUUGUAUUUUGUAUUUUUUUUUUUGCAAAUCAUUUAAUUGUUGUUAUUUUUGUGUGUGUGAAUGAAUUUAGGAAACAAACAAAUCAUCAUGUUUGCUCCGUCUGGCUUAUUAAAAUCAAACUUCAA